UCUCAUCCUCACUUAAAAGGGGUGUUUCUGGAGCUUUGUUGCCCAGUAGAACUUCCUGUGUGAUGGAAAUGCUCGGAGUCCAUGUGGCUAUGGAGCACCUGAAACGUGGUCACACAACUCAGGAACUGAAUUUUUAAUUUUAUUUAAUUUUAAUCAAUUCAAAAUUUAAAACUUCUUGAUUAACACAGACCUAGGCCAGAAAGCUAGGACUAUACCGAACUUUCAGGUGUUCUGAGAGUGGGCUCUGAAGGCUGUCUGGAGUCUUCUGUGAGGGCCUGGCUGACCCCAUCUCCUCGGAGGCCCACAGCACAACCAUCUUUAGCGAGGGUCCUUUCCGCCUGUGUCGUGGUCGCUCCCGGGUCCUUGCAGGACCCUCACGGGAAACCCCAGGGGAAUGGGUUUCUGCUGAAGUGCUCACAUCACAGAAUGGCCCAAAGAAGGCCACUGGAGCCAGCUGGAAGGUGGCUGGCCCAGGCAGAGUCCAGGGCUCAGUCAGUUCAGGGGCAACUCCCCUGCGGAUGAAUGAGCCCGCCUUGGGGCUACUUCCAGGAAGGCUGGGCACCGCGCUCCCCAGCUUCUAUCCUCACAGCUAAACUGGGCCCCUCUCCAGCGAGCAUCGACUCAGUCUGUACAUCCACUUAUUUUUCUGCUGGGAAUGAUUUACUAAGGGGAGAAAACCACGGUGUGACGCGUUUGGGGACCUUGUGGAAAAAUAUGUUGAGGGGUAUUUGUUCAUCUGGACGGGUUGGCAACGAAGGGUGAAAGUUCGUUCUCUCUCGGCCUGCUUCCGAAGAGUUAACUCGGGGCGCCGGUGACGUCAGCCCUGAUCUUUACACCCCUCCGCUGGCGCUGGAGGUGGGGGCCCGUGCUCAUUGGCUGUGGGCAGGACUUCCCCUGGGCCGGCUUUUCGCAAUUAAGUAAAAGGGCAGGGCCCGAGCAGCCAAUGACAGCUGCGCCCCGGCUUAUCCGAAGCGCGUGUGCGGCCCGGGCAGCAUUCCCUGGCUCCCCGGCGGCGGCUGCGCGCCCGAAUCCCGGUCAGCAUGCUCUGCCUGUGCCUCUAUGUGCCGCUCAUCGGGGAGACCCAGAGCGAGUUCCAGUACUUCGAGUCCAAGGGGCUUCCCGCCGAGCUGAAGUCCAUCUUCAAACUCAGCGUCUUCAUCCCCUCCCAGGAGUUCUCCACCUACCGCCAGUGGAAGCAGAAAAUCGUGCAAGCUGGAGACAAAGACCUCGAUGGGCAGCUCGACUUUGAAGAGUUUGUCCAUUAUCUACAAGAUCACGAGAAGAAGCUGAGGCUGGUAUUCAAGAGUUUGGACAAGAAGAAUGAUGGACGAAUCGAUGCUCAGGAGAUCAUGCAGUCCCUGCGGGACCUAGGAGUAAAGAUAUCCGAACAGCAGGCGGAAAAGAUUCUCAAGAGCAUGGAUAAGAAUGGCACAAUGACUAUUGACUGGAAUGAAUGGAGAGACUACCACCUCCUCCAUCCCGUGGAAAACAUCCCCGAGAUCAUCCUGUACUGGAAGCAUUCCACGAUCUUUGAUGUGGGUGAGAAUCUGACAGUCCCUGAUGAAUUCACAGUUGAGGAGAGGCAGACGGGGAUGUGGUGGAGACACCUCGUUGCUGGAGGCGGGGCAGGGGCUGUAUCCAGAACUUGCACGGCGCCCUUGGACAGGCUCAAGGUGCUCAUGCAGGUCCACGCCUCCCGCAGCAACAACAUGUGCAUUGUGGGCGGGUUCACCCAGAUGAUUCGAGAAGGCGGGGCCAAAUCUCUCUGGCGGGGCAAUGGCAUCAACGUCCUCAAAAUUGCCCCUGAAUCAGCCAUCAAAUUCAUGGCCUACGAGCAGAUCAAGCGUCUUGUGGGGAGUGACCAGGAGACUCUGAGGAUUCACGAGAGACUUGUGGCAGGGUCCCUGGCUGGGGCCAUCGCCCAGAGUAGCAUCUACCCAAUGGAGGUUCUGAAGACCCGAAUGGCCCUGCGCAAGACAGGCCAGUACUCAGGUAUGCUGGACUGUGCCAGGAAGAUCCUAGCCAGAGAGGGAAUGACCGCCUUCUACAAAGGCUACGUUCCAAACAUGCUGGGGAUCAUCCCCUACGCUGGGAUAGACCUAGCCGUCUAUGAGACGCUCAAGAACGCCUGGCUACAGCGCUAUGCGGUAAACAGUGCGGACCCUGGCGUGUUUGUACUCCUGGCCUGUGGCACUAUGUCCAGCACCUGUGGCCAGCUGGCCAGCUACCCACUGGCCCUGGUCAGGACCCGGAUGCAGGCCCAAGCCUCCAUUGAGGGCGCUCCAGAGGUGACCAUGAGCAGCCUCUUCAGACAGAUCCUGCGAACCGAGGGGGCCUUUGGCCUGUACCGGGGGCUGGCCCCUAACUUCAUGAAGGUGAUCCCAGCUGUGAGCAUCAGCUACGUGGUUUAUGAGAACCUGAAGAUCACCCUGGGUGUGCAGUCUCGGUGACGGGACGGGGGGCAGCUGCACUUGCUCGGCGGACUCCCGGAUCCUGGGUCUGCAGCCCCGGGAUGUGUAGCCAUCCAUUCUGUGAAUGUGCCAACACUAAGCUGACAGAAGCCAAGCUGUGAAAAGCCUGGGAUGUGCCCGCAAGGGAGUGGGGCAGGGCCUGGCAGGCCCACUGGGUAUGUCCUGCUGACUCUGGCCGACCACCAUGUCCAUUCCCGGGGCCAGCAGGACAUGGGCACAGGCACGCAAGCUCCAGACCUUUCCUGAGGUGCCUGCCAGAUAGCAGGGCCCAGAGCCGGCUUAGUUCUUCCCUCUGGCAGCCAGACCACCAGCCGCAAGCCCUGCUGUCUGGCCUGCUGGGCAUCUACCCCAUGCCCACCUUGCUUCCUUCCUUGCUGCUGUGUUGAUAUGGUAGGAGGAAGGCUGCCAGCCUGCUCCUCAUGUUACUGCUUGCUCCCCUCCCCUCGGUCCAUGGGGGCCUCACACCUUGACUUCUGGCCUAUGGUGUCACCUUUGGCUAGGUUGUGCCGGGGAGAGGGAGGAGUCUGGCUUCUUGCUCAUCCUCCUCUGAGCCCUGCUGUUGGCCUCUGAGCUCACCAACAGAUGGGCACCUGGAUGUGUGUGUGCAUGCAGGGGGCAAGGCCAAGCCCCGCCAUUGGCUGCCUGGCGACCCAGUGCAUGGCUUCAUGGAAGGCGAGUACUGGCCUCUGCAAUGUGGAGGGCCUUGCUGCUCCUGCUGCCAGGAUUGUCCUGGUGCUCUGAGCUGGCCCCAGACUGUCAGCACUGGCACCAGCUCAGAACCAGCUCCCCAUGCCCACUCUGGAAUGAGAGCAGGGGGCCAUCACAUAGUUCCUGGAAGGGAGCUGCUGCCCAGUGUCUGCACACCCCAAUGAGAGGAGAAGGUGUUCAAGGCCUUAAUUAUGUACCGUUGGGCAAAGGGUUUUGUUCAGAAGGACAAGCUGGACAAAUGUGCAAAUUCUGUGCUUCCAGAGGGAGACAAAGGGGGUUGAGAGCCUGGCUGAUGGCAUUAAAGUCUGUUUCCGAGCCCCUGGGGAUUCCUGUUGGAUCCCAAUCGGGGCAGAGUGGGACCAGCCUCACAUUCCACUGAUGCAGGGUGUCACUGCUUGGAGCCUAUUUAUUUCAUAUUUAUUUGAACAGAGUUAUGUCCUAACUAUUUUUAUAGAUUUGUUUAAUUAAUAGCCUGUCAUUUUCAAGUUCAUUUUGUAUUCAUAUUUAUGUUUGUGGUUGAUUGUACCUUCCCUACACCCUCUAGGCCGGGUGGGGAGAGGAAGGAGGGGCUGUGGGAGUGACCUUUCCCCGCCACUGGCCACACUGACGUCAAAUCUGUCCAAAGAAAUUCCUCAGAACUGGCGACAAAUAAAAAAAGGUCAGAUCGGGAGGGGCCCUGGCCAGGGGGAGAUGACUGUGGGCAGGUUGGGACAGGGUUCACACCCAGGAAGCCUUAGGGUCUGAGGGUUUGACCAGCAGCAGGAAGAGUGGCAGAAAUCUCAAUUCCAUCAAAGAUGGAGGUCCACAUCAUUUCUUGGGCUCGGAGGAUCUGUUUCAUCCUUUAGCACAACAAGCGCCAAGGGUCCUAUCACUGUGAGAUUGGGGUGGGGAGGAGAGGAGAGGGCGGCUAGCACCGCCCUCCUGCCUGUGAAUCGGGCUCCCUCCUUUCCUGCCACCACAACCCCUGCUCAGCAAUGCUGGUAAACUUGCGACUCUCAGGGUCGCACUUCCAUUCCACCAGAAUGGCCUGGUGAGGACAACUCAAAUAGGAUGCAAAGAUCAAUGCAAAAAUUGUUAUAUAAAAAUCUAGCGAUAACUGGAAUUUGUGAAAAAGCAAAUUAAGAAAGGAUUGGAAGUUGUCAUUUAAAAAACAGCCUUCUAAUAAAGUUGUUUUCAAAGCUGA